CCGGCGCAGGAGCAGGUCGAGCUCUUUCUUGGACCGUUGCUCACGCAGCUCCUUCCUUUAAAGGCGCGGGGAUCCUCGCCAUGGCCAACGCUGGCCCGGACACAAACGGCAGCCAGUUCUUCAUCACGCUGGCGCCGCAGCCGGGACGGGCCGGGAGGGUCGGGCGCGUGUGCCAAGGCAUCGGCAUCGUGAACCGCGUCGGCAUGGUGGAGGCGAACGCCCAGGACCGCCCCGUCGAUGACGUGAAGAUCCUGAAGGCUUUUCCCUCGGGUUAGGACGGCUAGGAGCGCUGGGGCGUUUCGGUGGGCGAGCGCAGGUGUCCCCAGCGGGGAGGAGAGCGCUCCAAGGGCAUUAGAGGUGGCGUGGGGCAAAAUCCCCUCUCCAA